CGAAAUUUGAAUUUGACCGCACUUAUUAACUUAUUACCGAUAUUCGUUUAUUAUCGAUUAACUGCGUUGUUCUUAGAGAGGAAAAUGGUAUACAAGCGUAUGGUAGAAAUUGGACGCAUUGUUUAUAUUGCCAAUGGUGCGAAUAGUGGUAAAUUGGCGGCAAUCGUUAAUGUUGUUGAUGGAAAUCGGGCCCUUAUUGAUGGUCCGUCAUCAGGUGUUAGACGAUGCGUUAUGAACUUCAAGGAUUUGCGGUUAACGAAAUUUCGUAUUCCGUUGAGGUAUGAUAUGCGCACAAAAAGUGUUAGAAAAGCUUACAAUGAGGCAAAGAUUAAUGAAAAAUGGCCGAAAACUCAGUGGGCACAAAAAAUUGCCAAAAGAGCAUUGCGAGCAAACAUGAAUGAUUUUGAUCGUUUUAAACUUAUGCGUGCCAGACAACUUCGGAAUAGACUUGUUCGUAUCGAAAUGGCCAAAUUACGUAAAAAGGCAAAGGAAGCUAAAGUAAAAGCAUGA